AUGGAAAAUAUUCUGAGAGACUGUGCAGAAAAACUUAUUACAGCUGCUAAUAGCAUCGUUUCUGUUCCUGCUGGACAAACACUGCCAUCCACGCCUGUCAGUGGAGGUGUUAUAAAUGUUACCGCCAAUAGUACGUCUGCCUCUUCAACACCAUCCCCUGUGGCUGUGCCUUCUGGCAUCUCAACGCCAGUUGCACCACCUAUCCCCGCUGCUUCGAGUGUUCAAGCAUCUACAGCAUAUUUAGCUUUGCAAGAGCAUCGACGUAUAUUUGGUUAUCGACCUCCUGCAACUACCAGAUCUAGUAGACAAUCACAUGUGUCACGUUCAAGCGCUCGGAAUAUGACCACACCUUAUUCCAAGAAAACUCUUCAAAAAAAUACUUUUACUAAAGCAUUUGUUUGCCUGAGUAAAGUAAAUCAGUGUUGUCCUCCGAAUGCUGCAGAAAGAAUCAGAUUAAGUUUGGCAGGAUUGGGAGAACAAAAAAUAACGUUUUUCAAAAGCGGCGACUCAGCACAUGCCCACGAGAAGGUACUGGAAACCUUCCCCAGUCUAGUGAAUGGAGGGGGAUAUGAGAUCCUACGUACAUCAGAUGGAAACGCAAAAACAUUGAUAGAUGUGCCUUGCCCUCCAGUGGGAUAUGAUGUCAAUUUUUUGAAGAGCGCUCUUGGUCAGGCAAAAGGGUUUUUGAGACCCCUUCAACAGGAUUUAACCUUGGAUGCCACUGAACUGACACAGGUACUGUACACAUACUACACAUUUGCUAUUGCUCUGUAUUAAAAAGUGUGUACAGUAAGCAUGUUGCAAUAUUAAAUUGUUUACUUUUCCUCAAAUCUCAUGACUAAUUGCCUCAGGGACGCCGGAAAGGGGGUGGGGGUUGCUAAAAAGAUAAAAAUAGAUAAGGGGUAGAUAAAAAUUCUAACCCGAAAAAUAUGAGGUACAACGAUUAAAAAGUAUGAAUUACGGGUGAAAUGUAUGUAAUAUUGAAAUAUACGCGAAAUUUUCUGGAAUAUUGUGUCAAAAAUUAUGUUUUCAAAAUUUUUGCCCUUUUUUUUGGUGAAUUACGGUCCCAGAAAACAUUUUUGGAAACAAAAUAUUAAUUAGUGAUUGCUCUUACGUCAACAUUGCCCCCCUGUGCCCUACCCUCGCUCUGGCGUCCCUGAAUUGCCUUGUAAAUUGUUAAUAGCAAGCUCUAUAGCAGCUCCUACCCCAGGCCUGAAGGGAUCAAUCAAUUCAUUAAUUACAGGGAAGGAAGGGGGGAUGAGAAAUGUGAUGUUUGAAUUUUGUUGACCCCCCCCCCGCUUUUGGAUAAUAUAGAUUUUAUUUCCCCCUCCUACAAUAAGAAAAGAUAUGUGUAGUACGACAAGCCAUGGACCAUUUUUGUAUUAGGGGAGGGGGGGCUAGUGGUUACAAGCUAAAGGCAUAAGCUUACCGGGGGGGGGGGGGUCUGCGGGUUAUGCUCCAACAGGGAAAUUUUUUUAAAAAUAUGAGCCCAGAAAUGCAAUCAAAUUUACUCGUUGCAGUUUAAUGUUUCUUCAUCCCUUUUUAUAUGCACAAAAAUAUUGCCCCCCUCCCCACCGUUUCCAUCAGCCUACCCCUGUAAUUAUUAAUCGUUCCCUAAUUUUGGUUAAUGCAUCCAUGAUUAUGGAAGGGUUUUAAGAAAAUUUUGAGAAUAUCUUUUACUGGCACUUAAGGAAUUGCAUUGCUCACCAAAAGUAUCAUGUGUGAACUGCAAUGAAGAUGUAGUUAUGUCGGAAAUGAGAAAGCAUCAAAAUAUAUGUGGUGGUGGCCCUUCAAGGCAAUUUUUAUCUACAGACAGGUAUUAAAGUUGAUGGUUUGAUACAAUUAAUAAUAUACCAGUAUGUAGAGUGUAUAUUUUACAGCACAUGUAUAAUUAUGACUAAUGUAUUUAUUAUGUAUUUUACAUUUUAUAGUUGUGAUACUAGUCCAGUGCAAGUUCCAAUAACUGACUAUGUCUGUAUGCAAUCAGAACAAGGAAAAGAAGAUCAAGGUAAUUUGUUAAAAUGUGUGCUGAAAUAUCAAAGUUGACAUUAUUGUGCAAUUUGUUGAAGGCAUGCAUUUUGUUGAGUUUAAUGUUUCCUGAUUUUUUGUUGUACAGAGAAAAUUGAAGCUUUGCAGAAUAUAUUUCCAAAUGCUGAACAUGCUCAAUUGAGUGCAGCUUGUAUGGAAGCGAUGGGAGAUAUCAAUAAAGCUGUUGACAUUGUUUUAGAUAAAGGUGAAUAAUUUUUAAGCUAGAAGUUUGAAGAGAUAAUUUAAAGCUUAAUCUUACAAAACAAGUUUUAGAUAUAAUUUUUCUAUAAUAUUAUGAUUUGCUUUAUGGAGAGUCAAAACUAAGGCUACCAACUUUUUAGAGCCAAGUAGAAAUGAGCAUUGGAACACCCCCAUACUACCUGCCAACGUGCACCCUUUUCAUUGUAUAUAAUACUAACCAUGAGAAUAGACCUCAGAGACAAUUAGACAUGAUCCAAGCUUGCUCUUAAAUAAUAAAAAUGGAUUGUUUUGCAAAAACAAUUUCUUUUAAUAUUCUUAAUUGACCUUUUUACUGUUUAGUGAUGGAUGGUUUCCAGAAACAAGAGGAACAAGAUAAUCAACAAGCUAGUGUUUCACACAACAUAGGUACCCAGUACCAGUGGCGUAGCCAGCUCGACAAUUUAGUCCCGCUAUGCAAACUUAUUAUCAUUAUUCAUUUCUUUAGAAAUUGAUUGUUUUCACAGUCAAUGAACGUGAAAAUAUUUGCAUAGCGGGACUAAAUCGCCGGGCUGGCUACGCUACUACCCGGUACAGAGUUCAAAUUAGUUCAUUGCUUCAUGAUGUUGAAAUGAAGUAUGUGUUUUUCUUUUUCUGAAUAAGUCUUAGAGUUGAUCCAGAAACUGAAGAUCAUUGUUUUGUUGGAAAUUAAUUAAUCAUUAGAUUGUUUUCAGUAUCAAUUGACAGUGAUGAUACCAGUGAAGAUGAGGAAUUAAAUCGCCCAUUGGCCACAAUGCUAUUACGUUCCCAAAAUAAUAAAAAUACUGGUAAGCUAAAGCAUGAAAAGUUAACAAUUAAUGAUGGCACCCAAUAGAGCAGCUGGCCUUAAAAUAUAUUUUACAGGGCAGUCUGACAAAAUGUCCAACGACGUUGAGUUUGGGUCGGACAUCUGUCCGAUGACCUUCAGUUCAGUUUUGGUUCGGAAAUAAGUCUGAAUGUCACAACAGACACAAGUGAAUAUCAGCACAAUGUAUUAAUUCUGAAUGGCAAAUGUUGUGAAGAUAUUAAAUAAUUUGUUUCUUUCAUAUUUAUUUCAAAGCCAAAAUUAACUUGCUUGCCAGAUAGCAGUAUUAAAAAAGACUUCGACAACUUAAGCCCGUUUUCCACUUCACCAUUUCGCUCGCUGCCCCGCCCUCAACUACGUCAUUUCCAGUUCACUUUUUAUACAAAUUAGUACUCUGAUUUUCCAUUUAACAUACAAGCUAGCCUCUAGUCCUGGGCUAGGGUACAUUUUGAUUUACGUUGGACAAAGCUACAGUUCAGUCGGACACCAAUACACUCGGGUCGGACAAACAGUAAACCUCAGUUUCACUUAGGUCGGACAGAAUGUCCGGUGGUUUCCUUUAUAUGUCGGACAAUUUUACAAAUGGGUCGGACAAUGUCCGUGACCGACCGAUAUUUUAAGGCCUGAACCCAAUAGAGCAUGUAUUAGCUAUAUAGCACAAUAAUGAUCGUAUAUACUGUAAUAUAUUUAUUAGAUUACUGCUAUUACGACAUGUUAUUAAUUUUUAAAUCAUAUUUUUAGACAUUUCAUCUAUUAUCAAAAGUCUUGGGAAAAAGCUGAAUGGGCCUUUCUUAAGAGUUACAACUGAUGACAACCUCAUGUUAUCUGAUGCUCUUGUUAUAUACAAAGAUCCAGGAUUUGAUGCAUCCCGUCCUUUGCGAAUAACGUUUGCUAACCAGCCAGCAAUUGAUACAGGGGGUGUUAGUAGGGAAUUCUUCGACAAGGUGUAUGCAAAAAUGGCUGCAAAUGGGGAUGGCGAUUUUAGGGUUUUUGAGGGGCCUCCUACAAGGCUUUUGCCAACCUAUAGCAGCCGGAUUGUUUUCUCUGGCAUUAUGGAGGCCAUUGGAAAAAUGAUUGCACAUUCCAUUUCCCAAUGUGGAAUUGGUAUAUCUAGGCUAUCCCCAGUGUGCUACUGGUACAUUGUAUAUGGUGAUAUCAGUAAGGCAAUUUCAUUUGCAGAAUUGUCUGAUGUGCAUGAUCCAGAGGUUGCAGCAUGUCUACAGAAGGUGAAUAUAGAAAAAUUUGUUCCAUUUAUGGAAAAUAUCUCGAUCUAAAUUAUUGCUUCUUGCCCAAUUUAGGUUUAUUUUUUAUUAGGGUUUUGUUGUUUGGUAAUGUAUACACUGAUAAAUUGGCUUGAAUAAACUGAUUUUACUUUCUUAAUUAACCAUUAAAUUUCUUCUAUUGUUAAAGGUUGUCAAGGCAAGUUCAAAGUUGGAUGUGGAUGAACUAAAUGGGGACAGUACCUUCAUUAACAUACUUUCAGAUAUUGGAAGCACUUCAAUUUUAUCUGUAAGUGCAGUCUGGCUACCUACUACCUAGUAUGAACAUAGAGUUUUACCUUAGUUUUACCUGGUAACUAUAUAACUAGAAAACCCCAUGGUUAUUAAUUGACUGAUAAAAUUAACUAACCAUGAGGUUUUCUAUUCGUUAAAUUAAUAAACGAAUAUACAGCUAUUUCAAUUAAUGUUGUCCACGAGCAAAGCGGAAAAGUCGAAUACGAGCGCGAAAGGCUGCUGGGAAUCGUUAACAAAUUAAUGAAUUUUCAAAGCGAUUCCCACUCUGCAGCGUUUCGCGCUCGUAUUCGACUUUUCCGCUUUGUUCGUGGACAAUCUUAAUUGAAAUAGCUGUAUAUUAUUCAACUCCCAAUUCUAAUAAGCAAUGUCAUUUUUUUUUUUUUUUUAAAAGAGCGAAAUAUAUGUAUUCGUUUACUAAGAUUUCAGUAUUUACCGGGUGAUUCUCAAGUUACUGUUUUUCCUUUAGCUGCAGAACAAGAAUGAAAUUAUGCAAUGCAUAAUGUGCCAUUUUGUUUUAAAUAAACGGAAAGUUCUUCUCGACCAGUUAAGGGAAGGUCUUAAAACACUUGGUAUUUUGGAUGAAAUAACUAGUCAUCCUGAAAUUUUGGCACCAAUGUUCAUGUGGAAAGAGAGAUCAGUUAAUGCCAUUCUUGUCAAAAGUAAACUCCAAUUCUCCUAUUUAUGUGGUGAUCAUGUUGUGAAACAUAUGCUACUGCAUUUUAUUGAUGAGAGUAGCGAACAAGGUGAGUGCAGUAAUUUGUGAUUAAUUAAAGACCAUGUAAAGUCCGUUCUGCGCAUACGUUCUGCGCAGGCUUACAUUCCAAUGGUCGGGACCUGAGCGUUGGAGUGUUAUUAAUAUUUCGUAUCUUUUGAACUUUCUUGAAUUGAAUCUCUAGUCUGUAUUCAUUUACAAGCAUAGCGAACCAGAAGAGUGUUAAAAAAUCAGUAUAAUAUUAAUAUAUCUAAUCCAGGGCUCGAAAUAACGGUCCCAACGUUCCCGAUCACGGUGAUCGGCAAUCACAACUUUUUGCCGAUCAAAUAAAAAUCCAGGGCUCGAAAUAACGGUCCCAACGUUCCCGAUCACGGUGAUCGGCAAUCACAACUAUCUAAUCCAGGGCUCGAAAUAACGGUCCCAACGUUCCCGAUCACGGUGAUCGGCAAUCACAACUUUUUGCCGAUCAAAUAAAAAUUUAGCCGAUCAGGAGCAUUUGCCCUCAUGCAUUUCCUUGAAAAAAUUCUAAAUAUGCCAUUAAAUACAUAUCUAAAGAGGACGUUUAAUAACUUCAUUUCAAAUUCAAGUUUAAAUAAUUAAAUCUAUGACAUUUGUGGACUUAUAUUUACAAUACUGACAAUACUAAUAGUGUAACUACAUUUAACAUGUAUUACAGUAGUAAACUUUACUUUAAUUAGUUUUAAUUAUAGUAUACUGUAAUUGUAUUUUUUCGCACAAAAGCAAGAAACACAGCAGUUCACUAAAACUUAUUAUUUAAUAUUAAAAGAGAAAAUCCUAAAAAAUCCUACUCAAGAAAUCCUAUCAAUUUGAAACCACUAUGACAAAGACGUUCGUCGUGGUGGUUCGGAUUGCAGACUGUUGAAGCGGAGACGACAAUACUUCAUAGCAUUGCGGCCUGUCGUAUCACUCGUACAGGGAUGCCGGAACCACGGGUGCAGCGGGUGCAAGUGCACCCCAUGCCUUUUGUAUUCAUAACUUUUUGGGUGCAGUGCGGGUGCAGACUAUUGGUGCAACGGGUGCACAGAAGACUUAAAACGAAUAGAUUUAAAUCAUUUCACACAAACAGCAGUGGUGUAACGGAGGAAGAGGGGUCCCUUAGGUAUAUUUGGUGUGGGGGCCCCUGUUGACUGUUGUCAUUGUUUGGCUGAGAUAUUGUAUUUAUAUUGAAUAUUGUAACAACAUUUAACAACUAACAAGAAUAGCUUUUGUUUUAUUUGAGAUGGAAUAAAAAAAUCAGUUGGAUGAAAAAAUCAGAUGGAGGCUUCAUUAUUUGACAUUAAUUUUUCAUUUUCCCAUCGACUCUUAACCUGCAUUUUUACGUACGUUUUCUAUAUUUUUUUCUUCUAUUUUUAUUUGUCUUUUACCGCGUACAGGUAUAAGCAUGUCUUUCAGACAAUGGUCAAAUUACUCAAAUAUAUUUCUUGCCGAUCAAGAUGAACGGCAACGUUGCUUUUUCGCCGAUCAAAAACAAUUUCCUGCCGAUCAUUGAUCGUUGAUCGGCCGUUAUUUCGAGCCCUGCUAAUCAUAUUUUACAACUGUAGCACUGAGUUCAAAAUGUAAACAAAGCGUUUGUUUACAUUACAGACUUUACAUGGUCUUUAAAUAAGGAAAAAUAAGGUUUUCCUCUGGAAAAAAAUGGUGUUACAAAUAUCAACUCAUUCUUAACUCAUUUGUUUCAGAACUUGAAAAAUUUUUGUCAUUUACAACUGGUGCUGCCAGUGUGGCAGGUUUAACAUCGAUUUCUGUCAAAUUUGAUACAACAGCUGGAGAAAUUUUUGCCUCAGCGUGCUUAAAAUCUCUGCACUUGCCAGAUGAAGUUCCAUUUUACGACGAUUUCAAACAAGCCAUGCAAACAGCCAUAAUGGAUGUUGGCCCGUCAUUCAAUGCACCCUGA